AUGUCGGCCCCCGGGGGCCUCGCCAUCCUUGUGGAUGAGAAACGGGUGAAUGAACUCUUACAACAGAAGAGCGGGAUCAAGGCGUUGCUCCGGUCAGCUUUCAACACGAUUCUUUUUGUGUGCUUCCUUCUGCUCUUCACCUCCUUAGCCCUCAGCGAGCCACGUGACAAGAUGCGAGCCUUCGAAGGCUUCCUGCGGAAGCGUUUCGAUGAAGCCUCACCCAUUCGACUGAACAGUGUUCAUUCAGUGGAUAGCUUCUGGAGGUAUUUCAACGAAUCCUUCCAGCCGGCCAUCUAUGGUGCAGAUACGGCCAGAUAUUACUUUCCCGGAGCGGUGGUUCCCACCUGGCUUCAGGUGCUGGGGCCCAACUACCUUUAUGGCAUGGGACGGAUGCGCGUGUUGAAUGUACAGCCCGACUCGGGGUGCCAGGCGGACCACCCGUGGACGACGGACGGACCGAGUCCGGACCCGAGCGGGAUGGAGCGGGUGGACGAGGGCACGGUCGACUUCGGGAUGGAGCGGAGCCAAACCGAGGCCGGUGACACGGAGGUGACCGAGGUGGCGCAGCAAUACCGGAGCUAUUUUCCCACGUGCUACGGCGCCUUCGACAUUGAUGCGAUGGAUCGUGAGUCCUUUGGGCCUCCCAACGAAGAGGGGGUUCCAAGCUAUGAUUUCUCCCGUGAGACGUUGAGUAUGGAGAGACAUGAAGGCUACCUAGCCACUUAUCCCUCUGGAGGCUAUAUGGAGAUGUUUACUCCAGACUACCCGACCACGCACGACAAAUUCCUGCAGAUGCAACAGGAUGGCUUCAUCAGUGAGAAGACUCGCGCGAUCUUUUUGGAAUUCACCAUCUACAAUUUCAACCUCGGCCUUUAUGGAGUGAACCGGAUUGUAUUUGAGGUUGCAGCUGCUGGUGAUUGGACACAAACCUAUGAAAUUGAUGUCCUCUUACAGAGGCACUUGCAGCCCUUGGGCACAGGAACAGCCGAGGAUUGGCUCAUUUUGAUUUUGGAGGCAGGCUUGGUGCUCUUCGUUCUGCGCUAUGUCUUGGAGGAAGCAUCCGAAUUCGACUACCUGGAAAGCAAGUCCUACAAACUCUUCCGUCGCCUCCGAAAAUCGGGCAAGCUGCACCUUGGUGUUCUUGGGCGUUCGUGCGCGGCUGUGGUGCUCCGUCUCCAAUUCCGGGGUGAACCCCGAUUCCGGAUCGGAUGGGUCAUGGAGGGGCCAGCGCCCGCUGCCGAUAGGGCGCCCGCGUUUGGAUGUUCGUCGCAGCGUUAUGGCUUCAGAGCUGUGGCCAUGGCUUUGUCGAAGCCUCACCAUGUUCUUGAUGAUCCGUGGCUUUGGUUGAAGCCUCACCAUGAUGCCUGGGAGAAGCAGGUGGCCGAUCUGGAGGCAGAUCCGCGACUCUACUGA